UUAGAUAUGGCGACCUACGAGAUAUUUGCUCAGCCUGAGUUAAGGCGGUACAGAAGUAACGUAUUUACGAAGGCUACGUUACUCAUGCUAGUGAUUUUUGUGCUAACAUUUAUACCCCCUUUAUUUGUGGUGUACAGAAGUUACGGAUUUUGGUUAAAGGAAGCAUAUUACCGAGAAUGGCCUGAUGUAACAUUUAAGAGAGAGAUGAUUGUGAUUCUCGAGCUACAGGAUCCCGGAGAAUACGUCACCUACAGCACUUACCAGAAAUACAACAAACUGCAAGAGGACCGACUUCGAGUUCCCGUCAUUAAGGCACGGGAAGUAGACAUCAAUGGUGAUGGACGCUAUGACAAACUAUUGCUGGAUAUUGAAAUGCCUCUGCAGGACAGUGAAAAUGUGAUUGGCGUAAAACUACUCACUGUUUAUUACUACAGACUAAAGAAAUUUUCGUCUUUUUUUAUGGAGUCACUUGGCUACAUAGAGCAUUUUUCACCACAAGCUGGCGCCAAACUUGAAAUAUUUGGAGACAUUCAGCUACGACAGAAAGAACCGCUGGGACACAAGGGCGUUGAUAAAAGAUAUAACGAGACACUGAUUAAUACCACCAGCUCCUUUGUGGAAACAUAUGAACUGUCGACCAUAUUCAGUCGCUACUUAGAAAGAAAUGUAACGACCCAGAUAGGUGAUCAGUACAAGGUAUGGAUGAGUGGCCGAGCCCAGGGAAAACCGUUUGUUAUAACAGCAACGGUCAACUACUCGGAACAAGUUAUACUCUACACGCCCGGCUUCUGGUAUCUCAUCAAGUGGGGCUGGGUGCAGUACGUCUCGGUUCUCGUCCUCUUUGUGUUUGCCUUCGAGAGGAUCAAAGUGUUCAUCUUCCAGAACCAGCUCGUCUUGACCACAGUCGUCAGUCCGUACGACCAGAAGAAACUCGGUUGAUGAGCCACCAUAAUGAGAUCUUCACACUCAGGGAUGUGAUGUGUUAAAAAAAAAUAUUCAAUUUCAGGUGUUUUUUUUGUUUUUUUUUAUAUAAAGCCGACCUACUAUAACCUUAUUUUUUCGGCACUUUUAUGGAAACAAUUUUUUAUUAUCUUUUUUUAAUUGUCUAAACAUAAAAUAAUGUUUAUAGACAGGAUCUGAAAUGCUGAAAAAUGACUAAUGGUAUAGAGGUGUCAGCUUUUUAAAAAUCAGUUAAGUGUGUUUAUUUUUAAAGAUUGAUAUCGCAUCCCUGCAAAAUCCGUCCAUUUUAUUGUACAGUAUGUAACUCGUCAAAAUAUUCAUUAUUUAUUAACUUCUCCACAUCUACAUAAAUCCAUGAAUGUUAUAUAGAUUUUAAAUUGUGAAAUAAUUGUAUUGUCAGGUCCCCCAACCCAACUACCACCAUAUACAAAUUUUCAGAUAUCAUUCCUAUACGACGUUUUUACAAACCUGGCUAAUAAUAGUGACAUAUUGCACGUUGUUACUGUAUUAUUCAAACACUGCCGUAUUGUAUUACAAGACAACACACAUCAUUUGGAAGAUAUUUUAUUGAACACAAUGAAGCCAUGAUGAUGGGUUAACUCUGACAUUCUGAUGUGCAGUUUGUUCAUAUGAAACAAACAUCCAUUAACAGCGAUAAUAAAAAAAGAAAGUAAAAAAUCACUUUUUGGCCAGUAUUUCAAUACAGUAUAUUUAAGAUGGCAACGAUACAUUUUAUUGGCUAAUUGUUUGUCUUGUUUCAUUAUUGUAGACAUCUCUCCAUCUUAGUGUUACGAAUGUGUGACAGGGUCUUAUGAGAAUUUAGUUUAAAAUUAAACAUCUUAUAUAGUUACUGCAUUGUCUGUCUCUGGCAUAGUUUGUUUUAAUACUACAUACUUAUCCCCAAAAUAUAUAUAUCUAUCUAUCUAUCUACCAGACUGAGUGGGGUUUUUUUAAAACAGUAUUUAAAUAUAGAAUAGUGUAUACUGGUGUAUGAACAGGAAAGCUUACCUUUUCCAGUGCCUGUAUAUGUAACUGUAUCAAUAAGCAUACAAUUCUUUCUUUUUUAUCAAUCAGUUAUGUAGUAUCGUUAAUAUUGCAUGUACUAUAUACAUAGUUAUGUACAAUAUCUCUAGACAUUAUACAAUUACAACAUUCAGUAUGAAUUACAUUCUAAUAAUGUUCACGUGUACAUUAUUAUUACAUUACAUACUAUAUAUAUUCUUCAUCUUGCUGUAAAUGUUUCAUAAUACAUGUACAUUGUAUAGUGGAGUGUUCAUACAUGUUAUGAAUUACAAUCAUCUAGCAUUGUUAUUACAUUUAUGAUCUUCAUAAGAAGUAAAAGCUAUAUUUUUAGAUGUAAA